AUCGCGACUGGGACUCGCGGCGUGUGGAGGCCGGGCGCGCAGGACCUGGACCCCGCCAGGGCUUUCCCUGGACCCGCCGCGCCCGGACGGGCGGGUUUUCUGUCUGCGGGCCUCUGGCUCACGCUCGGCGCUUGGCCUGGGGUUGAGCGUCCUUUGGGUAAGAGAAAUACCAAGGGGAAGCCUCACGCCGGCCUUUCAGGACUCCACAGCCUGGACGCGGAGACGGACCGCAGAAUAGCUCCAGUCGCGUGUGCUAAAUGCUAUUCUACAGCAGGCCACCAUCAUUUCUUACCGGGGACUUCUCGGGGAGCCUCUUUACUGCUUCCGUCUUGGCCAAUGACCCUUACACGCCCCAGUCCACAAAGAUCAUCCUGCAGUGCUUUUCCAAUCCUGCCACUCCCCUGCUUUAAGAUUCUGAGGACAGGAGUUAAUGCAUAUCUUGCUCUCUCCAGAGCACAUAAUUUGAAGGAUUUUUAGAAUGGCUGCAGCUCCUCAGGCACCAGGGAGGGGCUCUGUUCGGAAGACAAGACCUUUAACUGUAAAGACAUCAUUGAACAACCCGUAUACAAUCUGCUGGAGUGCUCUGGAGAGAGAGGAUUUGCACUUCAUCUUACAGACACUUGAAGACAGGUUUAAAUCUAUUGGGCUUGAGAAGAUUGAGGAUAAGAAGAGAAGUAAAAAGCAGCCUUUUUUAAAAAAACAAGGCAAAAACAAAUGUAGCAUAGAUGUUGAUAUGAGUGAGGACCUGAAGGAGAAAAAAACAGAAGAUAACCAACAAGUGUCAGGGUGGACUUCUGUCCAUGUCAGAAGGCAGCUUGCCAUUGGCGUUAAUGAAGUCACCAGGGCUCUGGAAAGGAAUGAACUGCUUUUGGUUCUAGUGUGUAAGUCAGCCAAGCCUGCAAUCAUCACCUCACACCUGAUUCAGUUAAGUUUAAGUAGAAUGGUCCCUGCUUGUCAGGUUCCCCGUCUCAGUGAGAGAAUUGCACCUGUCAUUGGCUUAAAAUGUGUGCUAGCUUUGGGAUUUAAAAAGAACACCACUGACUUUGUCAAUGAAGUUAAAGUUAUAAUCCCCAGAGUACCCAAUUUAAAUGUACCAUGGCUUCAAGAUAGACUUGAAGACUCCAGGGAAAAUUCAGAGUGUGAAUCUUUGGAAAACCAAGACAAAGAAAUUUUGGACACUUCUUUUGAAGACCUCUCUAAACAUAAGAGAAAGCUCACUGAAGGUCAGCAGGCUGUAGUGCUACAACCCCUUAAAAUAAAGAAACUGAUUCCAAAUCCUAAUAAAAGGAGAAAACCACCCAAAAGUAAAAAAACUACUUCAAAGUAAUUGUGUAUAAACUUGUCACUCAAUACAAUUGGAAAAUGACACCUUGUAAAAAAAAAACAAAACUUGAAUAAACUGAGUUACUUAUA